CAUGGAGCCCGCAAAGGAGAAGAAUGAAACCAUUAUCGCGCGUGCCAAGAAUCUGGCAAACGUGCCAUGGUGUCAGGAGUAUGAGAAGAUGAUAUCUGGUAUGCUUCUCGGCCCCAGAUUGAACGAUCCUGUCGAUAUCAAUACACUAAACUCAACCAGCUACAAUGCAUUUGUCCCAGAACUCCUGACUGGUCGCUUCCGUGCUCGCAAAUUGGCCUCGCAGUUCAACGCACCCAUUCNNCAAUUGGAAGCAACAGAAGAUGAAAUCAUGUCACAACGCGCCGAGCUUCUCACAAAGUUCUUUGGUUCGCUGGGGAAGAACAGCUUCAUUGAGCCGCCACUGAAUGUCGAUUAUGGCUGCAACAUCCUCAUCGGUGACGACUUUUACUCCAACUUUGGCUUGACAAUUCUCGAUUGCUGCUUAGUAGAAAUUGGCGACAGAGUCAUGUUUGGACCCAACGUCAGCAUCUUGAGUGCGACGCAUCAGACUGAUGUCCAGUCUCGUCGUGAUGGUAUCGAGUUUGCUCUGCCAGUGUUUAUCGGAGACGACUGCUGGAUUGGCGGAAAUGUCAGUAUUCUGCCUGGUGUGACUAUUGGCAAUGGCUGUACGAUUGGAGCAGGCUCGGUUGUCACGAAGAGCAUACCGGCAUUCUCAGUGGCUGUGGGAUCGCCUGCAAGAGUGAUCAAGAAGGUUGCGGAAGCAGAGCCUUUGCCCAAGAAG